GCCCUGCUGGAGGGAAAGAGACAGCGCUAGUUUAGUCUUUUAAAGUUCAGAACAAAGUUCUCGACUGUAGAUGUACUAAAUUACAGACCUGUGUCUGUAAGGAUUAAUCCAGUACCGCGCGCUGUGUGUGUGUGAGAGAGAGAGGGGCGGAACAGGGCGCUGGGGGAAUGGUUCGGUCCCGGCGGGCGGUUGGCCGGUGUUUAUGACUGGGGAACAGGAUGUGCGCUGGGCUGCGGGGAUAGAGAGUAGGCUGGAUGUGUUAAUGCUGCCGCUUAUCACAGCAGCUCUGUGUCUGCUCUCGGUAAUUAACAGUUUGCGGAGAGUCCACCUGACCUGACUGGAGCCGGAGUGUAGAGCUGCAGGUCAGGUCGACAUGGGAGCCGCCGGAGAAAUCCACUGAUUCACUGAGCUGAGGAAGCGACACGGCCGCGCAGAGCAGUUGGCUGCAACCAUGGGUGCAGAGAGCAGUGCCCUGCGGAGCUGCAUCUUGGAAGAGCCGUUGCUGACGCUGCCUUCAGGACUCACAAUGUACUCUGCCAUCUUACAGGAUGGAAAGGCUGCCUCUGUGUUUGUCUACAAGCAGGGCAAUGAAGACAAAGUCAACAAAGCUGCCAAGCACCUGAAGACUCUGAGGCACCCAAGCCUGCUGCGGUUCCUCUCUUGUUCUGUACAGAAUGGAGGCAUUCACCUGGUAACGGAGAGAGUUAAGCCGUUGGAGUUGCUGCUUGACAGUCUCACGCCAGAAGAGAUCUGUGCAGGCAUUUAUGACCUGUUGCAGGCUCUCGUCUUCCUCCAUGACAGGGGCAAAUCAAGCCACAACAACGUGUGUAUGUCCUCCGUGUUUGUCAGUGAGGAUGGACAUUGGAAGCUUGGAGGAAUGGAGACAGUUUGCAAGUUUGCAGAAGCAACACCAGAGUUUCUUGCCAGUGUUGCAACAGUAAGAGAAAGCAGUGCUAUUCCUCCUGAGGAGAAGCUGGAUGGGUUUAAAACACUUCCCGACAAGCACGCCCACUCGCGUGACGCCUUCUCUUUUGGUGUGCUGGUGGAGGCCCUCAUUCCUCUACUGAAUGGAUAUGUGUCUGAGGAGCUGGCAGAGAGUCUAAGGAGCAUGCUGCAGGUCAGCCUGCUGACCCCUGACCCCACAGCAAGAUCACCCCUCAGCAGUCUACUGACUCACGAGUUUUUUAGGAAUGACUUUCUGGACAUCAUGAACUUUCUGAAGAGUUUGACUUUGAAAUCUGAAGAGGAAAAGCAUGAGUUCUUUAAAUUUUUGCUGGACCGAGUUCAUAGCCUUCCAGAGGAGUUGAUAGGUGCUCGUUUAGCUCCUAAGCUGUUGAAUUCCCUGGUGUUUGCUGAACCUACAGCUGUGAAAAGCUUCCUGCCUCACCUUUUACAGCCAAAGAAAGACUCUGGAGUGGGGGUUGCUGAUGAGUGUCUGCUUUCUAUGCCACUGUAUCGGAGGCAUGUGUUCCCACAGCUUCUGAAGCUCUUCAAAGUUAAUGAAGAGCAUGUGCGGAUGGUGCUCCUCUCGCAUAUACACAUCUAUGCUGAGUUCUUCUCGCACGAUGAGCUGAAGAACCAGAUCCUACCUCAGGUGUUGCUGGGAAUGAGGGACACAAAUGAUACACUGGUUGCAAUGACAUUACAGGCUCUGGCAGUACUAGUCCCACUGCUGGGUGCGGAAGUGGUGGUGGGUGGAGAGAGGACCAAGGUCUUUAAACGGACCACACCAAACUUUACCAAGUCAACAGAGGUUACCCCAGAAACCUCACCGGUUCAUAUUGUUGGACGGUCACUUCCCCAUGUGUCACAGCCAUCAAAGAUUAUGAGCCUGUUUCCAAAACCUUCUGAGGGCAAGUCGCUAGUUCUGGAGAACCUAAGCUCUAUUCAAAAAGUUCACCCUUCAGCAUCAAAGACAGGGGUGAACAAAGACAUGACACUUCCUUUGAAUGGCUUCAACAAAGACAAGCAGAGAGAGAACAUAAGCAGAAUAGCCAAGGUUGAGGAUGAGAACUGGCCUGACUGGAGUGAUUCAGAGGAGAAAUCGGACAGAGACGAGGGUCAGCCUGUCCAAAUCAACAUAUGGCACCCAAACACUGCCUCUGAAUUGCCGACCACUGCUGAAGGCAAUAUAGAGGAACCCUGGGACGAUUUUGAAGAUUCAGAAGUAAUCUCGGAUCAGUCGCCUACGACACCAACACUGGCCCCGGUGUCAAGGGCCUCAAGAGACCGUGCUGCUGUAUCUGUACCUACGCCUAGUUCUGGACCUCAAAAAGUGUCUAAAGCACUCCAGCUGAGCUCUAGUGUGAAACCUUCUCCAGAGCAGAACACAUCAUGGGAUACUGGCUGGGACCAGAGCAUUGAAGACCUCCGGGCUUUUCAACCAAGUUUAUCUACACAGUCCAAGCCCAAAACUGCACAGAGGAGUGCAGGAACGGGAGGACUGGGAGAGGAGUUCACUAUUGAAGUGAAAAGGAAGCUGGAGAGGGAUCCAGAGCUGGACUUCUUUGCUGACAUGGUACCAGACAUAAAGCUGUCCUCUUCUUCCAUGCUUGUCCCAGCAGGGAGUUCAGUGAACAAGUCAUCAGGACUUACAGCUGGACCAUUAUCUCACGCUGAGCCAGAGAGUAGAGGCGCAGUAGACCCACUGCACCUGACUGCUAAGUUUGCUGCAGUGGAUCUGACAGAGACUGAAGCAGAGGGAUGGGGUGAUGGUGAUGAGCUCAACUGGGAGGAUGAAAAUGCCUGGUGAGGAACUAAUCUUAUCAUGAAGCCAUAAAAGGCUGUGCAAAAGACAAAUCAGUUUACAAAGUCGGUGCAAAUAUGGAUAUUUCCAGUGUUAGCUGAUAAAACACCUCCCAACACUACCUUUUAUUGUGGAACUGUUAUCUUAGUGCUACUAAAGCAGGAGCAUUAAAGAGGUUAGCUUUGCCAACAUUUAUGGUGAUUGGAUUAUGUUCUUGAAACAUUUAUCCAUUUCAAAUUAUAUUGCUGUACCAAGGCGGCUGGAUUUCUUUUCAUUUGCCUCAGUUUUAUAAAGAUAUGUGAUAAUUCAGGAACAUUGUGAUAAACAGGUUUGAUUGACAACAAGCAGGCAUUAAAAAUAUUUUUUUUUGUUAGAAUGACUUUCAACAAAAUUAGUUUUUCUAUGUUGCAGUUGUUGUUCUUGGAAGUUUUUUUUUUUUUUUUUUUUAAUCAGUUCCUUCAAUUUGUCCAAACAGCUAUUUGCCAAGUUGUGACAAAACCAAUCUUCUUUCACUGGAAGUGCAUAUGCUACAUUUGUCUUUAGUUUUAUUCUGUUUUUAUUUUGUGCCAUAAACCUCACAUCCAUUCUACCUAUUCAAAGAAAGAGCCUUAUAGAAUAGCCAGUCUCAAAUAAAUGUGUAUAUAUAGAGAAUAUAUUGAAAUAAAAGUUUCGGGGCAGGGUUGUGCGAGUGUGAGAGAGUGAAAGAGAGAAUGCCAUAAUUUAUUUGUAUUGUCAGCUACUGAUGGAAUAAAAGGUUUUAUGGUA